CGGCGCGGGAUGCGGGCGCGACGGGGUGCGCAUUGGGUCCCCACCAGUUGGGCCUGGCGGGGGGGUAGGGCCCCCUCGACCCUUGAGCUGACGACGCUUGCAACCAGGAAAGCGUCGCGGGCGGCGAUCAGUCCUCCCUCAGUGGGCGAUGGGGCCCCUUCGAAGAGGGAUCUGCGCAUGGUGCUGCCCUCCCUUGAGCCGCAGCUCGAGGCUUCGCCCGCAGCAGCAGCCCGCCCCGCUCGCAGCAGCAGUCGGCGCGCGCCUGGCUUGCCCCACGGGCAGCGCCCAGUGGGGAAGUAUCCGCGAGGGCGGGGCACCUCUACCUAUUGGAUCGAGCGGUGGCGCGGGGCCCACCCCCGUCUGCUGGGGGGCCAGGGUGUGCGGGCUAACAAGUACCAAACGCGGCCUGGCAGGUCGUCAAGGAUGCUCGCCUUUCCAGGAAAGCCGGGUCCACAUUCACCCCAGGCUCAGGAGGUGUCCGUCGCAUAUGUGUGUGUGGGGGUGAUUGAAGCGGGAGGCGCCUGCGUCGUCCAGGAUUUCACUCGACUGUCCAGGCCUAUCUCUCGUGGCCCCCUUCGUGGGGGCGCCGCUCGGCAUUUCACUCAGCUGGUCUAUUGGCAUUUGGCCCCUGGCUAAGGUGCCGUUCAGGAUGCCGUUGGGGUGCUCCUUGGCCCGUAACUCGUCGCGGCGUCGCGCCAUUUUGGAGAUGUCGGGUGCUGUCACUCAACCGCGCGGGGUGUCACCCUAAGCCGGAGCAGUGGGGGUAUCGCAGAUGGGGCGCAGCUGGAGUAGGCGCAUGGGUGUAAUAGUACUUGCAAUGGUUGUUGCAUGGAUGCAGCAGUUCGCGGUCUGGACGCAGCAUUUUCUCAUGGAUGCAAUCGUGUGUUCUUGUCAACGCAAUAGUUUACGCCCCUUACACUUGCUCGUGCCCGCCAGCAGUAGUUAGCGCAAGACUUCGCGCCAUAUUUCGCGCAGGCGAAGUGUUGCACCUCCCACCGCCCCCCACAGUGGCAUUGCCCCCAUCGCUCCGGUCUAAAGUCACCCGUAACCGGUCUGGCUCUAGCACUGAUUCUUCGAAACCCAGUCGCGGGCCAACGCUCAUCCGCUGCCGAUGACGAACAACGGCCGGCUGGUCCGCCUGCCGUCGGGCACGCUGACUGGCGGCCCGCCCUCGUGCGGUAGGGGGACACCGCCCGACACGUGCCCGCUCGCCGCUCCCGGGAAGCAGCCCCGCCGCGGCGGCAGCGGGACGCUCCGCUACUCCGACUCAACGCCGGUGGCGACGCCCUCCAUGCUGUGGCCGCAGACACCCACCACGCCGUUCGCGAUGGGCAUGAUGCCGCCAUGGCCCGAGGGCGCGCUCCAGGGGCCGCCGGGCGGCGGAGGCGGCGCGCUCGCCUCGGCGUCCGCGGCGGCCGACGCCCUCUUCGCCGCGGCCGUGGCGGCCACUACCAGACAGCACGCCGCCACCGCCGGAAGCCUCGCUGCGCAGGUACCGCAGGCCUCCAGGCGGCAGCGCUCAAGGCGCCACUCGGCCCGGGCGCCUCCUGGGCAGGCGCGCAGCCCAGCUGCGGCGGCGACCCGGCCGCCGCGAGCUCGCAGGGGUCGCUGCUGCACGACGGCAGCGAGCGCUGCAGCCCGUGCGCAUGGCACUACAAGCCGCAGGGGUGCCAGCUCGCGGCCGCCUGCCCGUACUGCCACGCGUGCCCGCAGGGCGAGCUCAAGAGGCGCAAGAAGGCCAAGGUCGCGGCGCUGCGCCAGGGCCAGCCUCAGCCCUAGGCUGCCGCCGCUGGAGCGCAGCGGUCAUUCCCGACCGCAACCCAUCCCCAUCCCCGACAUGGCCAUGGCAUCUCAGCCCCACCAGCCCGUCCUCCCAGGUGGGGGCAGGCCCCGCGAAUCCGGCAGGAGCGGGCAUACAUCCCUACUCAUAGGUGGGCAGGCCUGCCAAUGGGGCCACGGCCUCGCCAGUGGGGAUAGGGACCGGUCGAACGAUGCUCAAGUGAGGCCGCAUGUAGAUUGAGCGGUAUUCUCCGCGUCGGUAACGAAUUCGCCGGCCGAAGUGUCUGGAAGGCCCUGAAAGGGGGCCGGCAUGUUUUGCGUGGUGACCUCUCGGCGAGGGGUCGCGCGGCGCUUCUGAAUUUGGAGCCCUUCCCGGAGCGGAUGACAUGGGGCGCAUGACGGUUCUCAAGAUGAUUGCAUGGUAUGAGUGCUCUAAUGGCGCCCAAUGGCGACCAAUAGGUCCCAAUAGCGCCACGCGAGGAAGCUUUGCGCGCAGUAGGGCGCGCUAUUCGGCGCCAUGGAGACGAUCAAGAGCUUCCGCGAGCUACG